AUGUCCGCAAACCUCUCAGCUAACACGCUCUUCAAUGUCAAUGGCAUCGUAGCCGUCAUCACAGGAGGCGGAUCAGGUAUCGGCCUAAUGAUGACAAAGGCCCUAGUAGCCAACGGCGCCCACCUCGUAUACAUCGUCGGCCGCCGCGAAGACGUACUCCGCUCAGCUGCAGAAAGCAUCGACCCUAAGAUCGUCAUCCCACUACCCGGCGAUGUCACAUCCCGCGAGUCUCUUCUCGAAAUUGCAAAACACGUCGAGACCAAAACCGGCUCCAUCAACCUCCUUAUCUGCAAUGCCGGAAUCAUGGGUCCCAAGCCGCUUAAAGCAGCACCCGGCUCUGCACCUCCGUCGCUUUCAGAGUACAGAGCGCACGCCCUCGAGACGCCCAUGGAGGAAUUUACAAACACGUAUGCGGUGAAUACCACAGCUGUAUACUACACCACUCUCGCCUUCCUCUCCCUCCUCGACGCCGGAAACACAAAGAGCAACAUGGGCGCAGACGUCCGCUCCCAAGUCAUAACUACAUCGAGUAUCGGCGGCUUCUCGCGCUUACCGGGCGCAUCGUUUGCUUAUAACAGCAGUAAAGCUGCCGUCACGCAUAUGACGAAGAUGCUUGCUACGUCGUUUGUUCCGUAUGGCAUCCGUUGUAAUAUACAAUUCCUCGCUGAACCCUUCCACCGCAUGUUCUUCCUCGAUAACCUCGCCAUCGGCUAUCCACACGCGGAAAUAGAACGCGUACCAGUCUCAUGGCUCUUCAUAUACGCCGGCGCAGUUCCCCUUGGUACACUCGUCGCCUGGGCCCUCAUCCUCCGCCCGGAACACACAAAGCACAUGUCACCAUCUUAG